ACAAGUAUCCAUCUUCAAUUGGCAAUACCCAUCUCCAGAUGGUGAUCAAACUCAGCGCCGGCGCCUUCGCGGUGUCUGUCUGGCUGUCACUCGCCUUCUUCGUCGGGCACGGGCAGCCUGUGCUGGCCGACGGUGGCGGUGGCAAGAAGCACGAUGUUGCUGACACGGUUAAGAAAGAAGUGGCCAUUGCCAUGAAGAAAAACCCGCGCAUCGGCGCCGCCCUCGUCCGGUUGCUCUUUCACGACUGCUGGGUCCACGGCUGCGAUGGAUCGGUGCUCUUAGACAAGACCCCGGACGGCGGCAGCACGGAGAAGGACGCGAUGAACAAUAUCGGCCUGGAGGGCUUCGACCUGAUCGACAGGAUCAAGGACAAGCUCGGCGAGAGCGUCUCCUGCGCCGACAUCGUCGUGCUGGCCGCCCGGGACGCGACCUCCAUCCUCAGCCGCGGCAACAUCGCCUACAACGUCACGACGGGGCGGAAGGACGGCGUCAGGUCGUCCGCCGCGGCCGCCGACGCCGUCCUCCCUCCCUCCACGUUCAACUUCACGCAACUCAAGGCCAACUUCGCCGCCAGGAACUUCACCCAGACGGAGCUCGUCGUCCUCUCCGGCGCGCACGCCGUCGGCGUCGCCCACCUCUCGUCGUUCCGCGACCGCCUCGACAACGCCACCGCCACCCCGAUCAGCGUCAGGUACCAGAAUGCGCUCCGCGACCAUGUUGAGGACAAGACGACGGCGGCGGUGCCCGACCCGACGGAGAUGAACAACAUCCGCGACAUGGAGUUCGCCUUCCGGAACGCCUCCGGGUACAACGCCACUGGGGUCGACACGUCCAGGGCGGCGAGGGGGGUCCUGGACAACAGCUACUACCACGCCAACCUCCAGAACAAGGUGCUCUUCAGGUCCGACUGGGAGCUGCGCAACGACACCACGGGCGCCGCCGGGAGGGACAUGAGGGAGUUUAGGGACGACGCUGCCGGGUGGUACGUGCUAUUCGGCAAGGCCAUGGCCAAGCUCAGCGAGAUCCCCGCCGAGGGCAGCCGUUUCGAGAUCAGGAAGAACUGCAGAACCACCAACUGAAACUGCCACGACAUACGGCGUUCAAAACUCGAUCAUGUGCAGCGUAUAUUAAUGGUUUGAAUUCGAAAGUUUGUCCUCUACCUAACUUGUACUACUUCGUUAUUCACCGCAAAUAAAACUAUGAAUGAUUUAUAAAAGGAUGUGGAUAGGUGUCUCAAUCAAGUGAUAUUGUAUAUACAGUAUAAAAAAGAAAAACUGAAAAAGAAAUCAUACGAAUCUCCAUGUAAGAUCAAAAAAAUAUAGCAUCAACAGAGACAUAACGAAGUGUCAGAAACUAAGAAACGGGUGAUAUGGCCUCUUCCCAACCGUAUUUAUAUCACUUGUACAGGUGACUAAUGGUUUCUCCAUCUUCUGGCACAUUCUCAGCCACAAAUCAGGGAUGUGCUCCGUAAUGAAC